GCUCUCGUGACUUUCCUUUGCUUGCUGUUCCUUUUAUUUUCUUUUCCGGAUUGUCAAAUACCCCUCUCUCCCUUGUUCGCCUCCCCGCUUCCCACCCGCCCUGUUCUCUCCCAGCUGCGUGGCGAUCAACGGAGACAUACGAUAGGGAUCGGUUCGACGCUUUUCUGGCAGGCGUUUUAAUAGAAUCGGUCGUCCAGAUUGAAGUUGUCACAAGGCCUGUGGUUUUUUUCCCAGCUCCGCUGACCUUGAGCCAAUCCCCCCCCCCCAUCGCAGAGCUUCCCCGCACGACGACUCCAACACCAUGCUUCUCACAGUCAGCGUUAUCCGACCGGACCAGGCCGAUUCGGACAUCAUCACACUCGAGGUGGGCGGGGACAUGACCGUGGAGCUGCUCAAGGCGAUUGUCGAGAGCGAGACGAGCAUUCCUCCUCAGGUGCAGCGGAUUAUCUACAACAACCAGCUGCUCAGCGAUGACUCGCGCACGCUUGAGCAGGUGGGGAUUGGGGAAGGCGACAUGAUCGGGGUCCAUGUCGGUCUGCGCGGGCCACCUCCGCCCCCUCGCAACCAGAGCGCUGCAGGAAGUGCUGCUUCUGCUUCUGCAGCUUCUGCUUCUGUUUCUGCUUCAUCUGCUGCACAACAGCAACAGAGUCUUCAAAGGCGGCAGCAGAUGACUCCCGACCCGGAGCUGAUCCGGUUGCAUAUCCUCGGCGACCCCCGGGUCCGCGAAACGGUGCGGAGACAGAACCCAGAGUUGGCCGCUGCGGCGGAUGACCCGCAACGAUUCCGCGAUAUUCUUCUGGCGCAACAACAACGUGAGGCGAGGCUCGAGGCGGACAAGGAGGCACGGAUUGCCAUGUUAAACUCGGAUCCGUUCAACCUGGAUAACCAGCGGGAGAUUGAGGAGAUCAUCCGUCAAAACGCAGUCACGGAGAACCUGCACAAUGCGAUGGAGCACCAUCCAGAAUCCUUUGGUCGCGUGACGAAGUCACCAUCAUGUCGCCCCAGUGUGCGACGGCAUGCAACAUCAUGCGCCUGGUCGACUCCCGCUACGGAGGCAUUGCCAAGGGAGUGGGAACGGCAAAUAUCCUCGGCCGGGUACAUUCAGCCCAGAUCAAGAUCGGUGAAAUGUUCCUGCCGUGCUCCUUCACCGUUAUGGAAGGCAAACACAUUGAUCUUCUCCUCGGACUGGACAUGUUGAGGCGACACCAAGCCUGUAUUGACCUCAAGCAGGGGGCCCUCAUCAUCCAGGACCAAGCCGUGCCCUUCCUUGGAGAGGCCGAUAUCCCCAGCCACCUCCUGGAC